CUUGGUGGAGAUUUUCGGCAAACUAUACCAAUUGUUCGAAGGGGUUCUCGUGAAGAGAUAGUGGAUGCUUGUUUGGUAUAUUCAUCCAUAUGGCUUCUUAUUCGAAAAAUUCAUUUGACACAGAAUAUGCGGGCAAUGGAGGAUCUUGUUUUUACAGAUUUGUUAUUGAGGGUUGGUGAAGGCAUAGAGCCAAAUGUUCGUGCUGAUUAUAUUAAUCUUCCUGAAGAUAUGUGCCUUUCUUACCAUGGUUCAGAUUCGCCUCUUGACACACUGGUUAAUGAAAUAUUUCCGUCGUUUGAUGCAUAUUCUAGCGGUUCUUCGAGCCUUAUAAAUACCGCUAUUUUAACUCCUAAAAAUGAAUGCAUGGGAGAAAUUAAUGAAUCAUUGAUUGGAAAAUUCCCAGGCAAUAUGGUUGAAUAUGUUAGCACGGAUUAUGCAAACGAUCCAAGCCAGCAACAAUACUAUCAAGAUUAUAUGAAUGCAAUUAGUGUUGGUUCAUUGCCACCACAUGUUCUUAAAUUAAAGGUUAACUGUCCAGUUAUGUUACUUCGCAACUUAAAUCCAUUGGAGGGGUUGUGUAAUGGAACACGUUUAAUUGUGCAUGAUCUUGGUAGGCACGUGAUCGGAGCCGUCAUUGCUGUAGGGACUCAUUCUGGUGAAUAUGUUUUAAUCCCAAGGAUUCCAUUGGAGUUGGAUGAUACACACAUAUGUCCAAUUACUUUUAAGAGGCUACAAUUUCCGCUAAGAUUGUGUUUUGCAAUCAGCAUCAACAAAUCUCAAGGCCAAACAUUGGAUCGUGUCGGUGUUUAUUUGUCUCAUCCUGUUUUUUCACAUGGACAGGUAUAUGUUGCUUUAUCAAGGGUCAGAACAUCAAGUUCAAUAAAAUUCUUAAUUCGACCGCCAGUUGCUGAUAUGGAUUCAACAUGUGAAACAAGAAAUGUUGUGUACACUGAAAUUUUGCAUGCGGCGACAUGA